AUGACAGAUAACGGCGUCGGAUUAAAUCCUGCAGGCGCAUCCUGCCUCAGGUCGAGUCUCUCCUUGGUACUUCUCUCUGCCCAUUUCCCGGCGUCAGUUCCCCAAGCAGAAAGAAACCUCCGUGCGGGCUGCGGGAAGGGACAUGGAUCGAUAAUUGAUAUCCACCUUUUAUUUCAGCCCGCCCUACCGGGUGCAUUUCCGCGCUUAUGGCUUGUUGAAUCCAAGUCUCGAAGGAUAGACCAGGAUCAGAUCAUCCCGUUGAUCGUAGCAGGCUCCUACCCAGAGCGUGUGCCUUAUUAUUCAAGAAUAAUGAUUCAGAAAUAG